AUGCAAGCUCUGGAGAAGAGCCUGCAGAGUCUCUUGAGCUCACUUCCUCACCCCCUCGACAAGCCCACGCUUGAUGCGCUCGUCUCCAAAACACUUCAAGAAACCGACUCAACCCCUUCGACUGACUUGCGCAAAAUCCAGUGGGAGUUUGUGAUCAAAGAUGAGAUAUUCAAGCUCGCAGCUACAGAAGGGACCGCGUUGAAAGACUCGCGUAACAAGUACUAUGAAGAGAUGCAAAAUAGGCUCGACGUUGCGUUAACCUUCACCGAAUACGAUGCCUGCGAAUCCGCCUUCCCCUUCACGAUCCUCUACGAUCUGCUCGAAACGCAAACCGUCGCCACCUGCUCACAGAUCUUCUCCUGGAUUGAACUACGUGCAUCGCGCCUCACUGCGGGCAUGGUCCCGCAGAAGGGAAAGGCACUCGUCCUCCUCCGCACGCUCAACGACCUCCUCCGCCGGCUGUCGAAGAUGGGCGGGACGACGAAUUUCUGCGGGCGGAUAUUGACGUUUCUGAGCUCCGUGUUCCCUCUGAGUGAGCGGAGUGGGGUAAACCUGAGGGGAGAGUAUGGGCCUGUAUGGGAAGGCCCUGGGAUAAAGAAGGAAGAAGACAAGGUGAAGAUGGAGACGAGCGACAAGGGCGAGGCGGAGGGGGAGAAGAAGGAGGAGGUGAAAGAGAAGGCUGCUGGUGAAGAAGAUAAGAUGGAAGUGGACGAGGUAAAGCCCGAGGAGAAGGAAGACUCAGAGGCUAAGAAGCGAGCCCAGAAGGAGGACUUCUACAACACCUUCUGGUUCCUCCAGCUCCCGUUCUCCCGCCCUCUCCUGUUCUCAGAAUCGGGGGCGUUCGCACAGUUCAAGGGGGCGGUAGACAAAGUACUGCCCGUGAUCAAGGAGGCGAACGCCAAAGAACGUGCUUUGAUGGGCAGCAAGGCAGGUGCACACACUACGGGCUCGCUGAAGCGCAAACGCGAACCUGAGGUUAUGGAGGACAAUGCUGGCAAGGACUACUUCUUUGCCAAGUAUCUCACGAGCCCUGAAUUGCUGGAUCUUGAGAUCGCCGACACGCACUUCCGCCGCCAAUUCCUCCUCCAACUUCUCAUCCUCCUCAGUCAUCUUCUCACCUUCACAAAGAGCGCAAAAGCGACGUGGUCGACGCAACGGAACCGUUCGUUGCAGAUCGACUUUACCCUCGAGGGCGACGACGCGCAGUGGGUACAGGAAACGGUGACGAAGGCGACUGAGGAACUACGACAGACGGCACCGAACGGGCGCGCGUUCGCGGACACCGUGCAUGUCAUUCUCGAGCGUGAGAAGAACUGGAUACGCUGGAAGAAUGAAUUGUGUUUGCCCUUUGACAAGCCACCAUGGUCAGAGGAAGUUGAGGUUGAUGGGGUGAAAAGGAAGGUGGGCCUGGAGGAGGCAACGAGGGAGGCGAGGAAGAGGAUGAGGGUCGACCCGGAUCCUUGGCCGUAUGAGCUGGGCUCUGCGCCAUUGACAGAGAUAUGGGCAUUGGGAUACCGAGACUUGAGCGAUCUCGAGCAUCCAUUCCAGCCUGGUGAUGUGAAGGACUUUGUCAAGAAAGUCAAACAGGAGGAUGCGCGAAUAGAGGUGCGAAAGAAGCAACUCACGAUGGCUGCCGAACGUAUGGCGAAAGCACGCGCAAAGGCGGCAGCGGCCAAGGAGGCGGCGGCGUCGCCAGCACCGGCGUCCACACCACCGGUGUCGCAAGAAGCAUCGUCAACGCAGCCUUCAUCGGCCGUGCCCUCGCGAGUACACACACCCUCUGCGCCCCUGCAUCCCUCCUUGCCUGCAAAGCCAGGCACAGUACCGCCAUCAACCACUGAAAUCCUCGCACCAAAACCGGAGGCCGCACGAGUAUCGACGCCGGUGCCGCCUGCAGCGCCGGAGUCUGCACAUGCUUUGCCUUCAGACGAGAUAAUCUUACAGCAUGAGGAGAAUAAACACCGGUGGUCAUGGCUUGCUCUGCGGGCCGCUCGCGAUCAGUAUCUGCAGCAUUUCGGGAAGAUCGGCACGGGGGACAUCGUGCUUCUGGCGCAAGAGAUUGAGAAGGAGAAGAGAGAACGGGAAGAGAAGGAACGGGAGGAGAGAGAGCGGGCUGCGGCAGCGACAUAUCGUGUGCUGGUGACCGGAGGUGCAGGCUACAUCGCCUCACAUGUCAUCUAUGCCCUGCAAGAAACCCGCCGAUACAAGGUCAUCUCCGUCGACAACUACCACAAUUCGAAUCCCAAAGCCCUCGUCAGCGUCGCAGAGCUCGCACGCGCUGCCCUCCCCGCCUCCGCCUCCGCCCAAGACAAGGAAAGCGCCGAGAUCGAUGCCUACGCCGUCGACCUCACCAAGCCUGACGACGUGCGCGCCGUGUUCGAGCGGUACGGCAAGGGCGGCAUAUGGGGCGUCAUCCACAUCGCCGCGUACAAGGCCGUCGGCGAGUCCACGCAGAUCCCGCUCACGUACUACGCAAACAACGUCGGCGCGACCAUCACGCUGCUGCAGAUCAUGAAGGAGUUCGAAUGCUACCGCGUGGUCUAUUCAUCCAGCGCAACCGUCUACGGCACGCCCCCCGUCAUCCCCAUCCCCGAGACGACGCGCCUCGAGGCGCAGAGCCCGUAUGGCAACACCAAGGUCAUGUGUGAGACGAUCAUCGACGACCUGUGCAGUGCCGAGCCGCAGACAUGGCGUGCGCUGUCGCUUCGGUACUUUAAUCCUGCGGGUGCGCACCCGUCAGGUCUCAUCGGGGAGGACCCACGAGGCCGACCGGGAAACCUCCUCCCGCUACUCGCCCAAAUCGCCGUCGGCCGCAUCAAAGACAAGCUGCAGGUCUUUGGAAACGACUACCCGACGCCCGACGGCACCUGCGUGCGCGACUACCUCCACGUGCUUGAUCUCGCCAAAGGACACCUGCUCGCCCUGGACGCACUCGCGCCGGGAUCGAAGGUGUUCGAUAACUGCCCGACAGAGGCGCGUUACAAGGCGUACAACCUCGGCAAGGGCAAGGGCAUGAGUGUCCUCCAGAUCAUCGAGGCGAUGCGCAAGGCGACCGGGUUUGACUACCAAUAUGAUAUCGUCGGGCGGAGAAAGGGCGACGUGCCCGAUCUGACUGCUGACCCGGCCCUCGCGCAGAAGGAGCUUGGGUUCACGGCGCCGCAGACGCUCGAGACGAUGUGCAGGGACCUCUGGAACUGGCAAUCGAAGAAUCCGAACGGAUACGACGGGUCUGACUGA